AUUUUGUCUAUUUCUCACGCCUAUCAGCUGUUAAAGCCUUUAAGUUCUUAUCCCAUAGUAAACAAGGUAGCUGGCGACCGGCAAAUGUUAUCCUGUAAUUUACCAUAUACCCUCAUCUGUGAUGAUCCGCUUUCAAAUGCCAAAGUUCAUUAGGCGGAUAGUUCGCCGGCACACAAAUCAGAUUCCUGAAGUACGUGCUUUGUCUAUGAGGAGGAAACUUUCCUAUGGCUCGAGAAUUUGCGAAACUGCUGAAGAAGGAGAAUGUUGUGUUGUAUCGCAUUGAGGGAGUAACACCUGUUGGACGUUUUGAUUUGGAUGAAGAAUUCCGAAAAGCAGAAGAAAACAAGUCUUUAGCAGAGAAACACGAGGACAGUGAAGAAUUUAAAAGUGAUGAGAAGCAGUCUGAUGAAUUCACAUUUGAAGAAGAGCUACGUCCGUAAUGAAGCUGAUCUGUGGUUAAAUUGUGGUAUAUUUCUUUCCAAAUACCCUUUUACAGUGUAGUUUAUAGUGUGAAAUUGAAUAUUGUGUUUUUUAACAGAUUGCAAAACAAGACUUUAUGAAUUACAAACCUCAGAGAUACCUAAAAUUUGAAUAUUUUUUCUUUAUUCAUUUUUGCUUAGCCUAAUAGCCUUGAACUUGGAGUAACGGUGGACUCUUUUAUAACAUUCUGUUACAACUAGAAAGAUGGCUGUUCAAAUGAUAAUGAGUAUAAACCACCUAAAACAUACAACACACACUCUUAGAAACGUAGCUGUAUCAUUUUGCAGUAAAGCUGCCUAUGUUUCCUCACAUGCAAAUGAGACUACUGUUAAGAAGGAGCAAAAAACCUCAGCAUUGUAUGUGUCUGGGAACAAAGCUGCAACAACUUUUUCAGUUCUGUCACCUUAUCUAGAUUUUACAAAAUGUUUCCAAGACAUAGGCAGACUGGAAGCUAAUGUCAAGCUACGGGGAUUAGACACAGAUGUCAGAAAAUUAUCAAGGAUGUGGACAGAGUUGAAGGAAAAGGAAUUAGUGAAGGAAAAGCUAGAGAAGGAGAGAAAUUCAGUAGCAAAGCUGAUGAAAGAGUGUGCAAAGAUAAAAGAUAAAAAUGUAAAAGAAAUGCAAGAGUUUAAAAGGCAAGGCAAAGAGAUUCGGGAGCAGUUGAAGAGCACCACCCAAGAGAUUUGGGACCUGGAAGAAAAGGCUGUUAUUGGUGCUCUGCAGUUACCUAAUGUUCUGCACAAGUCAACACAUGAAUAUGAUAAGGAACUUUUUAAGCUUUUUGAGAAACCAAAAUAUGAAUUCCAAGCCAAAAGCCACAUACACCUGGGAAGUAUUAAUCAGGAGUUGGAAUUUGUUAAUGUCUCACCUACAGCUUAUUAUUUAAAAGGGAGAUUGGCAGUUCUUGAAUUAGCAUGUAAUGAUUACUUCUUGAAAAACUUUAAAGAUCAUGGAUAUUUAAUACAUUCAAAUCCAGAUUUUGCAAAGGCAGUUAUUGUAGAAGGCUGUGGGGUGAAUAUUGAUGAGAGGGUUUUUGCAUUGGGCUCUCAUGAAAGUGAUACAGACAGUAAUUUACAAUACCUUGUUGGAGGUGGAUCUUUGCAAGCAUUUGCUGCAUAUUUUACAAAACAGGUUGUAAGCAAUCCAGAAUGCUUACCUCAGAAACUAAUUACAGUUGGCAGGCAUUAUACUCCACCCAGAGUUCUUGAUAAUCCAGGCCUUUUACAUGCUGGACAGUCUACAGUUGUUGAUGCUUUUUUAUUGUACCAUUCUCAGGCAAUUGAUGAAGAACUGUUGUUGAAUGAAGUACUCAUGGCUCUUGUGCAGAGCUACUCAAGACUCAAUCUUCAUUUUAGGCUUACACAAUAUUCAGCUGAGAGACUCGAGCCACAAGAAAGUGCUGCCAUAGGUCUGGAAAUGUUUUCUCCAUGUACAGAAGAGUAUCAUGAAGUAAGUCGUGUUUCUCUGUAUGGGGACUUUAUAAGCAGAAGACUUUGGUCUCUCUAUAAGACUGGUGGUUCGUCGGCGAAUUUUCUAUCAAUGAUCCAUGUUAAAGUAUGUCAUAUGUCUCGAUUAUUGGCUCUUAUAAUGGAAAAUGGUCAGAAAGAAGAUGGAAGUUACAAUAUCCCAACAUGUAUAACUACUUGUGUAGGUGAAUUGUAAUUAUUUGUAGAAAUAGUUGUUUUGUACAUAGUUUCAUAAAUAAAUCUUAUGAAUAUGUAAC